CGCCGGGCCGCCCUUCUCCGGGCAGCGAGGCCGGGGCCGCCAUGGGCAAGCGGCGGGGCCGCAGCCUGCAGCUCGUCAGCGGCCUGAGCAAGAAGCAGAAGAAGCACUUGAGGGAUUUCGGAGAGGAGCAUCCUUUCCAUGACAGAGUUUCUGGAAAGCAAGAAAAACCUCAGCUCUGCAAAUUGCCCGAGUGUUCAGAUCACUCAAGUUCAGAAAGUGAUGCAGAAAGUGAAUCGGAACAAGUCUCGGGGUACCACAAGCUACUAGCAACUCUAAAGAAUGUCCCUGAGGAGGAAGACGAGGAAGAAGAUGAUGAUGACGAGGAGGAGGAAGAAGAAGAGGAAAGUGUUCUAGAGGAAGAAGCAGAAGCGAACAAUGAAGGAGACCUGGGGGAUGGUGACAUGGAAGAGGAGGAUCCUGAGGAGCAGGACCAGGAAGACGCAAAUGUUGGAUCAGAGGCCCUAUCUGGCCCCGAGGAAGAGGAUGAGGGAGAUCCACAAUCCGAAGCUGAGGAGGACUUCACGGAUGUGAAACAUGAGUCUGCGUUCAAUCUGGAAACCAAUUUCAUGGAAGAGAAGAAUGAGGAUCGUAAUAAAAGUGAAAAAGAAAGUGGUUCCUCCCUGCAGCCCGCAGAAGACCCAUUCCUACAGCACUUCAACCGAGACCUGUUGGAAAAAGAAGUUCAGUCCAUGCUGACCAACCCCAAAUGCACGGACCAGCUGAAGUGGCAGACCAUGGGCCAGCUUUUCUUCUCAUCCACAUUUCGGAAAGUGGAAACCUUUAAACCCCCGAAGGAAGUCGACGUGAAAGCGCUCACUCUCCAGAAGCCUCUGGAAACCACCUGGCCCCCAACAAACCGCCAGUUCCUCUCAGCGGCUGGCAAGCAGAGGGGCUUCUUCACUCCUCUGCAGAAGGAGCUCUUCUGCCUCAUGAACUCAUACCGGGACGUAUUUUACCCUGAAAGGACGGCAUUAGAAAAUGGGGAAGAGAUCAGACACGUGUACUGCCUGCACGUGCUGAAUCACGUCCUCAAGGCGAACUCGCAAGUGCUCAGCAAUAAUAGCAAACGGCGAGAUCAGAAAUCUGGAGCUGAUAGCGAUGACUUCAGGGACCAGGGACUCACUAGGCCAAAGGUGCUGAUUGUAGUACCUUUCCGGGAAGCUGCUCUGCGGGUGGUGCACCUUCUAAUCAGCUUGCUCGAAGCUGGAAGCAAGAAAAAGAUCGACGUGAGCAACAAAAAGCGAUUUAAGGGGGAAUUUGGAUCCGAUCCAAAGGAGAGACCGCCCAACCUGAAGAGGCCUGAGGAUUAUGAAGCUGUGUUUGCUGGCAAUAUUGAUGACCACUUCAGGAUAGGAGUGGCGAUCCUUCGGAAAGGCAUCCGACUGUAUGCGCCAUUCUACUCCUCAGACAUCCUGAUCGCCUCCCCUCUUGGCUUGAGGACCAUUGUUGGAGGAGAGGGGGAGAAGAAGCGGGACUUUGAUUUCUUGUCUUCCUUAGAGAUCCUCAUCAUCGAUCAAGCAGACAUUUACCUCAUGCAGAACUGGGAGCAUGUCCUACAUUUGAUGAACCACGUGAACCUGUUGCCCCUGGAGUCCCAUGGGGUGGAUUUCUCCAGAGUGCGCAUGUGGAGCCUGAAUAACUGGUCCAAGUACUACCGGCAGACCUUGCUGUUUGGGGCCCUGCAGGAUCCCCAGGUCAACUCUAUCUUCAACAAGUACUGUGUCAACUACAGGGGGCAGGUAGCAGUGAGGAAUGCUCCGGUGACUGGCUCCAUCAGCCAUGUCUUAGUGCAGCUUCCUCAUGUGUUCCAGAGGUUGGAAGUGGAAAGCCUCCUGUCAGUCAUGGAUGCCAGGUUUCACUUCUUUGUGGAUAAGGUUCUGCCUCAGUACCGGGAUGCUGUCAUGUCCCAUACGCUCAUCUACAUUCCCUCCUACUUUGACUUUGUGCGUCUCCGGAAUUAUUUCAAAAAGGAGGAGCUGAGCUUCACUCAGAUCUGUGAAUAUUCCAAGCGAUCGGACAUUUCCAGGGCAAGACACUUCUUCCUGAAGGGAGAGAAGCAGUUUCUGCUCUUCACGGAACGCUUCCAUUUUUAUAAAAGGUAUACAAUCAAGGGCAUCAGGAAUCUGAUUUUCUACGAACUGCCGACCUAUCCCCAUUUCUACAGUGAGGUGUGUAACAUGCUGAAGGCCAUGAGCGGAAGCGAUGAGGCCACGUGGACCUGCACUGCUCUCUACUCCAAAUUUGAUGCGCAGAAAUUGGCUGCUGUGGUUGGUGUGGACCGGGGGGCACAAAUGCUCCACUCCAAGAAGAAUGUCCAUCUCUUCAUUACUGGAGAAAAAUGAGUGACGUGGUUGUGUGUGUGGACUGGGUGGGUAUUUGCCUCUGCCAGCUGUAGGACUAGUAACUACUUUUGGACUGGGAACUUUGUGGCUCUGGAAUGAUAAUGUUGGGGCAGUAUCCCGGAAGACAUUGGGCGUGGCCCUUUCCAAUCAGGAAUAAGCCGCAAAUCACCUUUACUGUCUUUUGUUAUGUUUUAUUCAUUCAUGCUGCACUUGUUGUCUAUAGUCUUUUGUGCCGGAAGAACUACCAUUUGCACCAGCCCGAUGGACGUAGAGGCAGGGCAGUCUAGUGAAAAGCAUCUGGUACUGAGAGACUGAGGACUUGGGUUUUAAUCCUGACUCUGCCACUGACAAGUUUGUGACCUUUGAGCACGUCACGUAAUUUGUAAAAUUGUAUGGGGAUAAUACCCUGGGACUGCCCACUGUUGGACAGGGAUGGGUCCAUCCUGAUUAGCUUGUACCUGGUCCAAUGCUUAGUGCAAUG